GCGCGCCGUUCAACAAAUUCAUACAACUACAGUAGUUUGCGAGAAUUCUUUGAUAAUGAACAGAAUUUUGGUGUAAAUGAACUUCGACCAAGCAAGAGGCCAGGUCGAUCAUGGUCAGUUGAUGAACUUCGACUCAAAUCCAACAGUGAUCUUCAUCGUUUGUGGUAUGUACUUUUAAAGGAGCGCAAUAUGCUUUUAACAAUGAUGGAAGCAUAUUCACUUGCUGCUCAUCAUUUCCCGAAUCCAGAAAGAUUGGACAGAAUUAAUGAAAGUAUGAAGAAUGUGGAAGAAAUUGUGCAUGAACGUAAUGAUGCAUUUUUUUUACUUGAAACUGGUCAAGGUGCUGAUCCGCCAAUACGUUCUAUCACUUCAUUUGCUGGAUUUACCUAUAAAAAGUUUGCUACUGAACAUUAUUUGCCAGCUGAAAUCACAGGUGAAAAAGAAUAUGAAAAACCAUAUUUGGAUGAUGACGCUUAUAUGAUGCAAAAAUUAUGGGCAGAAAAAGAACAUGCGAAAAAAAGAAUUGCACUGAGUGAGACUAAACGAAGGAGAAAUCUUGCUGAAAAUAUGAUACGCUUUAACCGUUCUGCACGAAGGCUAGUGAAUAGAGUUGAACAUCUGCAUUAA